AUGUCUGAUGAAUCAUUAUCUUUACGACACCAAAGAGCUUUAGAAAUAUUGCAAGAUCCAGAAUUUAAAACGUUGAAGGAGUGGAUAGAAGCAGGAGAACCGUAUAAAGAGGAUGAUGAUGAUUUAGCAUACUUUAAAUAUAAGAAAAGCGAAGCUCGUAAAAAUGGUGUUAACUAUAGAUCAGUUAAUACUGUUACUGAAUCAAGACCAGAACCGGCGGAUGUAACUCUCCUAACAGAGAAAAAUAAAAUAUUGGAAGUAUGUCUAGGAUUUACCCCAACUGUGACCAGAAGUUCAGGAAGGAAAGCUUGGCUAGUACUCCCGCCAGCAAACAACCUACUAUAUACAAAAACAAUAAACAUCAUGGUAAAAAUUCUAAACCAAGAAGAAUUCCCAUCUUUGACAUGA